AUGACGACGUUGCAUACGCCAGCCAAAACCAAUAAGGGCAAUGAAGAGGCAGAAGCUGCAUUGAAUACGCUGGUCCACAUGCGUGGAAUGGCGCAAGGAAAUGUCACUCGAAUCAAGAACAUCUUGGCUCGAGCCGAAGCGGAUCAGACUGAACUAACUCCUGCUCAAGUAAAGGUCUAUAUCAAGAAGGUGGAAACCGCAUACACCGAAUAUCACCAGUUACAUCAGCAAGUUGUGGCCAGUCUUCCAAUCAACAAACGAGAAGAGCAGGAUGCAAAGUACUUGAGUUUUGAAACGUUACAUGAAGAGGUAUCAACUAUUCUCGAAACCUGGCUCGGGAAUCUGACAGCACCUCCACAGAAUCAGCUCCAACAAAUGGCCCCAGUCACUGGGAAUCAGCAACCGGUGGUAAUCCAGCAGUCCCUUCCUCGUGCGAUUCCCACGUUUGACGGAAGAUACGAGAACUGGGAAAAAUUUAAAAUCAUGUUUCGCGACGCCGUGGACCGUACCAACGAAGCACCACGCAUAAAGCUGUACCAUCUUGAGAAGGCUCUCGUUGGUGACGCAAUGGGGCUUAUCGAUGUGAAGACGAUUAGCGACGGGAACUACGAACACGCCUGGAAACUUUUAGAGGAGCGUUUCGAGGAUAAAAGGCGAAUGAUCGACAUUCACAUCGCUGGCUUACUCGGAACAAAGAAAAUACCGAAGGAUGAUUAUGCCGAUCUGAGAACACUGGUCGAAAGUAUUAGCGGUCACGUGGAGAAUCUCAAGUUUCUCAACCAGCAAUUCACAGGUGUGUCGGAGCUAAUUGUCGUUCAUCUUGUCGCUCGUUCUUUGGAUGCGACAACGAAGAAAGAGUGGGAAUCAACAAUAAAGCGAGGCGAGCUUCCCACCUACGAAAACACCAUCAAGUUUUUGAAGGACCGCGUCUCAGUUCUGGAGAGAUGUCAGGGUUCAAACGAAGAAUCUCGGUCCCAGCGAGGAACAGCCAAACAACUAACAGGGAAAUUUGCAGUUUCGAAGGCCAACACCGUAACGGCCUCUUCGACAUCGGAUCCACAUUGUGAGAUGUGUGGAGAAAGACAUCCUACGUUCAAGUGUUCGUCGUUUAACAGCCUUUCCACGAGUGAACGGCUGUCCAAAGUUAAAGAGAGGAACAUCUGUUUUAACUGCUUGAGGCGUGGACACAGCGUGAAGAACUGUCCAUCGAAGAAGUCUUGCUUUAGGUGCAACAAGAAGCAUCAUACAUUGUUGCACUUGGAGGGUAAUGCCAGCUCGACGAGGCCUUCGAGUGAGAGCAGUGAAGAGAAGCAUUCGCAGUCUAACCCAAAUUCUGCGAUUGGAAUUCCUGGCUCCAGUAAAGCACCGGAGUCCAAUAAGAAACCGGAGACCCAGCCAUUGGUCACGGCAGUACACACUAACAACCCGAUGAAUUUGGCGAGUCAGGUGAUCUUACAAACCGCCCUUGUUCAAGUGGAUGAUCAACAUCAGCGCUCUCGUUUGUGCAAAGCCCUGUUAGACUGCGGAUCCCAAUGGAAGAAAUGUAAUGACUACUCAUUCCUCGUGAAUUGCUUGGUCUCACCGAAAAUCACCGGUCGCAUUCCAUCGGUGAAGAUAAAUUUGGACAAUUGGGAACUGCCACAAGGUCUAAAACUGGCUGAUCCGUCGUUCCAUGAACCCAGCCAAAUUGAUUUGCUUAUUGGCAUGGACUGGUUCUAUGAUAUAAUGAAACCAGGGUGCUUUAAACUAAACGACGACCUACCUAGCCUUCAUGACUCCCAACUGGGAUGGUUAGUGGGUGGUAAGCUGCUCGAGAGGUCCUGUUCAAACCUUGCGAUGAACUCCUGCGCUGUUAGCGUCGAUCCAAUGGAAGAGCUUAUGCAUAAAUUUUGGGAAGUGGAAAGCGUUUCACCAGAGAUGGUUCCUUCGAGCGAGAAGGAGCAGUGCGAAGCACACUUCACUGCAACAUAUCGUCGAGACGACAGUGGUCGUUUUAUCCUCCAUCUACCGCUGAAGGACAACGCUCCCCAGCUGGCAGAUUCUCGUUCUAUGGCCUUGCGAAGAUUUUACAUGUUGGAAUCGAAGCUACAACAGAUGGUUCCUUCGAGCGAGAAGGAGCAGUGCGAAGCACACUUCACUGCAACAUAUCGUCGAGACGACAGUGGUCGUUUUAUCCUCCAUCUACCGCUGAAGGACAACGCUCCCCAGCUGGCAGAUUCUCGUUCUAUGGCCUUGCGGAGAUUUUACAUGUUGGAAUCGAAGCUACAACGUAACCCAGAUUUGAAAGUCCAGUACGACGCCUUCUUGGAUGAGUACGAGACUCUUGGGCAUUGCCACGAGAUCAAGGAGCAUGAUGACCCCCCUGGAAUAUUGAAGUUUUAUCUUCCUCAUCAUGCUGUUUUACGUCCCUCAAAAACGACUACCAAAUGUCGAGUUGUGUUCAACGCAUCGGCCAAGGUGUUUGGAUUAUCACUCAAUGACGUGAUGAUGGUCGGUGCUACAGUGCAGAGCGAUUUGCUGUCCAUAAUUCUUCGCUUUCGAAAGUUUCGAUACGUUUUGAGUGCAGACGUAUCAAAAAUGUAUCGUCAGAUGCUGAUCGACCCCGCCUUCACUCCAUUACAGCGGAUUUUCUGGCGGAAGUCCCCUCAAGAUCCUCUGCGAGUCCUCGAGUUAUCAACAGUGACAUAUGGUACAGCGGCGGCCCCAUUCUUGGCAACGCGGGCUCUUCUUCAAUUAGCUCGCGAUGAACGACACAGAUUUCCUCUCGCAGCGAUGAUCGUGGAAAGGAAUUUCUACAUCGAUGAUGCACUGUUUGGUUCCGACGAUUAUGGAGAAGCGUGUGAACUUCGGGACCAACUGAUAGGCCUACUGAAAUCCGGUGGGAUGCAUCUACACAAGUGGUCUUCCAACGAUGAUAGCCUUUUGGAUCCUAUUCCCAAUGAAGACAGAGAGCGAUGCGUUCCACUUGGUGACAGCGGUAUCAACGACAUUAUAAAAACAUUGGGUUUAAUGUGGAACCCUUCUACUGAUGAAUUCCUGUUUCGAUCGCAAUCUCCAGAGAAGAUCAAAGAACCAACAAAGCGACAAGUUCUGUCCGAAAUCGCCAAGAUUUUCGAUCCUCUUGGUCUUAUUUCUCCUGUGGUAGUAGUGGCGAAGAUUCUGAUGCAAAAUCUAUGGAUUUGUAAGCUGAAAUGGGACGAUCCGUUGGACGAUGGCCUUUUGUACCAAUGGGAAAGCUUUUUGACAUCGCUGCCAUCUUGUGAGCAGAUUCGGAUUCCACGCCAAGUUAUAUCAAGCGAAGCUAUCCACUACGAGCUUCAUGGGUUCGCCGAUGCCUCCCAGAAGGCAUACGGUGCUUGCGUAUACGUGAGGUCGAUUUUUCCUGAUGGCAGAGCAUCAUUGAGGCCAGUCAGCGCGAAGUCUAAAAUAGCACCGAUCACACCUGUGACGAUUCCGAGAAAAGAGUUACUAGCCGCUCGACUUCCAACAAGGUUAAAUAGUAAGGUUAAAGAAGCAUUAGAAAUGAACUUCACGUCUACGAUAUUGUGGUCUGAUAGUCAGGUUGUACUGGCAUGGCUACGAAAGCCACUUGAUAGUCUUCAAGUGUUUGUUCGCCACAGAGUUGCAGAGAUUACGUCCCACAAGCAUAUUGUCUGGAAGUACGUUCGGACCGACCAGAAUCCAGCGGACAGUGUGUCACGAGGACAAGCUGCCAAGGAAUUAGCAGAAAAUGACCUCUGGUGGAAUGGACCUCACUUUUUGCGUACCGUCGACUACCAAGAAGAGGAACCAAUUACUCUUACGGAUGUCGAGAUUCCAGAGUUGAGGGUUCAGCUGGCAGCUUUGCCAGUGAUGAACUACGAAGAAUUCCCACUCUUGACAAAGUAUAGCUCCUUCCGGAAAACGCAGCGGAUUUUGGCAUACGUGCUACGCUUCAUAUCGAAUACUAGAAAGAAGAAGGAAGACCGGUUGCUUUCAGCGUACCUCACCUUACCAGAACUUCGAACGGCAUUGCAUUUUAUCGUUGGAGCUGUCCAGCAUCAGGAGUUCUCCAAGGAGAUCGAGUGCAUUAGGUCAGGAGAGUUCAACCAUCGUCUAAAUAACUUGAAACCGUUUCUGCACAAUGAUCUACUGCGAGUGGGUGGUCGACUUAGCCAUUCUGAUCUACCAUUCGAAGUGAAACAUCAGUUGAUAUUACCUGACAAGAGUCCCAUCGUUCGUGGUUUAAUCGCCGAUAUACAUCGCGAGAAUCUCCACACUGGAUGCAGCAGCGUUCAAUAUCUUCUACGACAACAGUUUUGGUUGAUCAACGCAAGAUCUACCAUCAGAAAGGUGUUGAGAGGUUGUGUCACUUGCUUCCGAAUGAAGCCUACUACGAUCGAUCAACAAAUGGGGGAUUUGCCGUCAUACCGUGUCACCUCUGCACCAGCCUUUGAGAGAGUUGGACUUGACUUUGCAGGUCCAAUCUACGUGAAGCAACCUGGACGGAAAGCCACUUCAAUAAAGGGUUACAUCUGUGUCUUUGUAUGCAUGGUCACGAAGGCCAUGCAUCUGGAAGCAGUGGAAGAUUUGUCAGCAGAUUCAUUCCUGGCCUCAUUUCAGCGCUUCGUAUCCCGGCGAGGCUUUCCGAAGGAAGUGUUCAGCGACAACGGAACAAAUUUCAUCGGUGCAAGAUCAGCUUUGCGGGAUCUGUAUCUACUCUUCAAGGAGGAAGCCACCCAGAACAAGAUCUUCGAGUACUGUCAAGCGAAGCAGAUUGACUGGAGAACGAUACCCCCAAACGCGCCACACUUUGGUGGGCUUUGGGAAGCUGGAGUGAAGAGCGUAAAGACAGUACUAAAGAAAGUGUAUCAAUCUACUUCAUUGACACUCUUCGGACUUUCCACCCUGUUAUGUCAGAUUGAAGCAAUACUGAAUUCGAGACCAUUGUAUUCCUUAUCAAGCGACCCAACGGAACCGGAAGUGCUAACUCCUGGACAUUUCAUCAAAAACCGUCCACUUUUGGCUAUUCCCGAACCAUCAUUGAUGCAUCUUCCGACCAAUCGACUAUCGCACUGGCAGCGCAUACAGCAGUUGCGCGAACACUUUUGGAAGCGAUGGUCUAAGGAGUAUGUCACCGAGCUGCAAGUAAGUGGAAAGUGGACCAACAAAAGGAACAACAUUCGACCUGGAAUGAUUGUCGUGCUAAAGGAAGAUAAUCUUCCCCCUCAAUGCUGGAGACUGGGACGUGUUGUGAAGGUUUAUCCUGGAGCCGACGAUUUGGUAAGAGUGGUUGAUGUCCAGACAAAAACGGGUACGUUUCAAAGGCCGAUACACAAACUUGCGCCUUUGCCGAUAGCUGAUAAUGAGUCUUCUUCUGCAAUUUCCACUUCUUGCCUGGGGGAGAAUGUUCAGUCCAACCUGUUCGAACUGAAGCGACAGAGUGGCAGCGAGCGAACGCUUUAUAUCCACUAA